GUUUUUUUUAUUACACCGCCUCGGCUCUAUUCAAUAAGGGCGCACACAAAAAGGCGAGCAUCAAAAGGGCGACCUCAAUUGGGCGUGGCGAAUAAAGGCCCGCGUAAAUAAAGGCGAGCUUCAAAAGGGCGACCACAAUUCAGCGCGGUGAACAAAGGCGUUCGUAGAUAAUUUAGUUCAAAUGGCUCUGGAAUAUGUGAAGAGCAACAAAGGUGCAGAUCUACUUGUAUUCGAAGGCAACACAUUCAGAAAGGAGAAAACUAUCAACGGGAAACACAUCUGGAAAUGCACUGAAUAUAGGACUGGAAAAUGUUCGUCUCGCUGUCAUACCAAAAAUGGCUUACUCGUCAAGAGACCAUCUACGCACAACCAUGUUCCAGAUGUGGCGAAGAUCGAAACAAGGAAAGCAAUAAUGGACAUCAAACAACGAGCAACUUCUUCUACUGACGGACCGCAGGAACUCGUGGCUACAGCAACCCAAGGUCUGUCAUCAGCGGUCGUUAGACAACUUCCAGUUUUUCGUCACCUUAAACAAACUGUCCGUCGCGUUCGGCGUGUCAACGAGGCACCAAUGUCAAAUCCAACUAGUCUGGACGACUUGACUACACCUGUUGAAUAUUCUACGACUACUGGAGAUCUUUUGUUGUAUCCUGCCAACAUAAAGAUGACUGCAGGUUCAAUUGUGGCACCACAAAUCAUCCCUUUAAGAGUCCCCAUCCCUGGGAUGGCAAAAAGUCAGAUUGACAGCAAUACACCAAUUGAAAUAAAAUCAGAUACGCCAGAUGUCAAUAUCUACUACACUUUGGAUGGCACUAAACCCGAGGCAGCAAAGAGACCAGGAUAUGGAGAAAAUAGCACUGUGAAAUACCAGAACCCAAUUACACUGCCCGAUGGAAAAGUAAUAGUUAAGGCCAUGGCUGUCACCAGUGACGGCAGGGAAAGUGCAGUUGUCACCAAGUGCUUUCUUGUGGUGUAUGUGAAACCUGAACCCCUUUCUCUUGAAGAUGAUGAAGAAAACUUCCUCAAGGAUUAUGCAAAACAGAUUCAGGACUGCCAAGAAAAUCUUGAUGCCAGUGGACGGCAGAGAAAGAUGAACAGGGGAAUAGAAAUGGCUUGGAAUGAGACAACGCGGAAAUAUCAAGGCACGUGA